GUUUACCAAUGCACGAUCGCCUCGUGCGACAAGAAAUUCACCCGGAAGUUCAACCUGCAAACACACCUGAAAACCCACAACCCGUGCCGAGCACGACUCUUCAAGUGCCACGACUGCCCGAAGGACUUCCUCCGAGCGCACGAUCUCGAACGCCACGCAUUGGUACACGAUGCCAUCAAGCCCUACGGAUGCCCCGACCCGGACUGUGACAAGCGAUUCACGCGCUCGGAUGCGCUGCGCCGGCAUCUGAAGACG